UGUUAACAAAAUUAUACAAAUGCAUUAUGUAGAAUAAACCGCUUUUACUAUGAAAGAAAUACACAUUGUUUUAAACUGUUCCAUAUUUGUGUAAUGGUAUUUAUUAUGAAGCAGCAAUUCUCAGUGGUGUACCCACGUGUGGGUACAUGGGCUGCUACUGGUACGUAUAGGAAAAAAAUUGACAAUAAGGCUUGAAACCAUCUAACUCCUUUUUACAACCAAACACAUGACACUUCAGGACAAGUUUAAGAGCACUUUUUUUCCUCCCCAAAAACAUAACGUCAAAAUUUUCCAUUUAUUCUCAAAUUGACUCAAGUGUUAUUUUAUGUGUAACUUUCUUCAUUACAAAUAAUUCUUCCACUGUGUACACAUUCUACUUGUUUUACUCACUUAUAACAGCACUUGUAUCAAGGUUCCCCAAGUUUUUCACAUUUCACAUCCUACGUUUCGUCUUUUUUUUUUUUAACACCACAACAUUUUGUUCCAAUACUCUUAUCAUUUGGGAAGUCCCCAAAAAUAUGUGUAUGGUGUGAAUCCAUGCAUCCUCAUAAUCUCCAGCAAGGUGGCUGGAUCGAUAAUUUCUUUCCUUAAGAGGGUAUAAAAAAAAUAAAUAAACACGUUUCCAAUCAAACACGCUCCACAGUGGAAAAUGUGGUUUGAGUUAGCAGAAAUUCAGCCAUUCUUCAUCAAUAAAAAGGAAUAUUUUACGUGCAAUACAUUUUAAAAGAAACAUUAGGUACAUGUUUUUUUUCCCACUUGAUUUUGUGAUAUUGUGACUGCAUUGUUAAUGUCAAUGCUACAUUGGCCUAAACUUAUUUGGUAAAACUUUAAAACAAUAUUUCCAUUUUAGUGUCUUGUACUUCUCAUGUAGUAUAUUGUUUAAAUAAAGUUGGACUGAUUUGAACUUUUACUUCAACACUCUUGCAUUUAAUAUUAGCAGUUUUUUUUAAGUUUAACGUUAAAGAACAAUGCAUUUCAAUUGAACAUUUAGACUAUUUUCCUAAAUGUAGGUGUAGUGUCUGUUUUUAUUUUUUUUUAAUACAAAUGUUGGUCUCGAUUGUGGUACUUUAAGACCUAAGGAUUUUUUUAAGUGAUACUUUGUGUAAAAAGAUUCAAUUAUUACUGUUUUAGAGAAUAUGUUCAUGAUUCAAAGCCUGAGUACGGUGGUAUUCUCCCUUUUAAAACUAACAGUGUCUGUUCUGCAACAUCCAGUGAGGUGAAAAAAAACCCGGAUUGGUCUAAUUGCUGGGUUCAUAACUCUUCGCUCUGGGUCUUACCCCCCAAUUGGUGAACUUUUACCACCUAGCCUUUAAUAGUGCUCACGAACAACAAGCUUUUUGAUCUUUGAUCAUGAUGAAUAUGAUGAUAAAGGCUAUAUGUUUGUGCUAAGAUGCAAACAUUAUAGAUUGUCAAGUUGUGUAAUAUAAAUGUAAGCAAACGCGUAAUUUCUAAGUUACUAUUUAGAGCAACAAAAGAGUCCUCGAGGAAUUCACUAAUUGACGUUACCGGACUAUCGAGUCAGUGACGAUUUUUUUUUUUUUUUUGCCCAACAUGGCACCCAUAAAACACGGGGACAAAAUGGCGGAUUGUGAGACAAAUGCGUACUCUUCAACAUGCCGUAAAGCAACGUGAUAAAGCCCCCACCUCCUUUUUUGUUUUGUUGCAGGGUUGUGCCAUGCACACACUGUGUGCGUGAAGGAGGGAGGCGUUCCAGAGCGAGAGGCUUGUGUGCAUGUCUCCGCGCAGAGCGACCUGUGAACCUCACCGUACGAGUCGCCAUGGCCGAAUUUGGGCAGCUCAAGCGCGUCGGUCCACCGGUUGCUGCUCCUGCUUCUGCUGCUGCAGCGCCAGGUGGAGCCGCGGGAAGCCCCGAGACGCGCCGCGGAGGAGAGCCGGUGUCUAACGGCAACUGCAACCCGACGGAUCCCGCGGGGAGGCUCCAUAGGGGGUCCAGCUGUGAGUCCCCGACGUGGGAGGGCUUGGAUUCGGCCACUAAGUCAUUACCUCGACGCAGCAGUCUCAUUAAGGAUGGCUCCCGGGCGGGUCGCGAGAGGAAGAAAACCGUGUCCUUUAGCAGCAGCCUAUCAGAGAAGAAGAUCAGUAGCGCGGCCGACUGUAUUCACUCGAUGGUGGAAGGGAGCGAGUUGAAGAAAGUUCGUCCCAACUCUCGCGUGUACCAACGUUACUACCUACUGGACGCAGGCCUGCAGGCUCUGUGCUGGGAGCCUUCCAAGAAAGAGUCGGACAAAGCCAGGAUCGGACUCUCCUCCAUCCGAGAGGUGCGAACAGGUCGCAACACGGAAAUCUUUCGUACUAGUGGCGUCUAUGAGCAGAUUUCGGAAGACUGCGCGUUCUCCAUUAUCUAUGGAGAGCUGUACGAGAGCCUGGACCUUGUGGCCCACUCAACAGAAGUGGCUAAUAUUUGGGUGACAGGCCUAAGGUAUCUGAUACAAUAUGGGAAAAACGCCCUGGACAUGCUUGCCAGCAGACAACACAGACUUCGUCUCGGCUGGUUGGAGCAGCUUUUCUCCUCUGCUGCCGAUUCGGAAAUUCACAAGGACAUUGAGCAAGGCAUUUGCUUGCAGUCUGCCGUCAAACUGAUCCAGAUGGUGAAUCCCGGGGUGAGCGGUGCAAAAGUGGAGCAGAGGUUUCAAGAGCUCCAGAGGGGUCGAGCGGAGCAUCUUUCUCUUAAUAAUGGAUCAGGAGCCAAAGACCACACCAAAGUCACGGCAACACCGGGGGCAAGAAACGAGCGGGUCACGCAGCAGGAGUUCAUUGAGGUCUUUCAUGAUUUUUGCACACGUCCGGAGAUUUACUUUCUCUUGGUGCAGUUUUCCAGCAACAAGGAAUUCCUGGACACUAAAGACUUGAUGAGGUUCCUCGAGGCUGAGCAAGGUGUCGCCGAGGUGACCGAGGAAGACAGCCUGAGCCUCAUCCAGUCCCACGAGCCAUCAGAAGAGGGCCGGCAGCAGGGCUACCUGUCGAUGGACGGCUUCAGCAGCUACCUGAUUUCUCCGGAGUGCCACCUCUUUGACAGGGAACACGACAUCGUCUGUCAGGACAUGUCCCAGCCUUUGUCUCACUACUUCAUCAACUCCUCUCACAACACCUACCUCAUUGAGGACCAGUACAAAGGACCCUCUGACAUUUCCGGCUACGUACGGGCGCUCAAGAUGGGCUGCCGGUGUGUAGAGGUGGACGUGUGGGACGGUUCUGAUGAGGAGCCCGUGGUGUGUACCGGACACACACUAUGCCCUCCUCUCGCUCUGCGCAAUGUCUUGGAAGCAAUUGGACGCUUUGCUUUUGUUGCGUCAGAGUAUCCGUUAAUAGUCUGUCUCGAGAACCACUGCUCGCUUAGACAGCAGAAAGUGCUGAUGCAGCAUCUGGUGAAAAUACUCGGGGAUCAGCUCUUUACACGCUCCCCAGACGAGAGGGAGUCGUACCUUCCCUCGCCGCAAGCCUUAAGGCGCCGGAUCCUGCUGAAGGGGAAGAAGCUGAAGGUGGGCUGGGAAGCGGAGGACGGCGAAGUAAGUGAGGAGGAUGAAGGGGCUGAGAUGUGUCCAAGGAUGAAGACGGCGGCCAAUGGGGGGGCAGCACCUGGGGACAGCGAGAAAGGAAAACUGCAGAAAAGCGUGCCUUCAGCAGUCGCCACGCUGUGUACCCUCCCUCACCUUCCUCACAAAAAGUUCCUUCUGCUGAAGGAGCUUUCGGACUUGGUGACUCUUUGCGAGUCAGUCCACUUCAUUGACUUCCCGACGUCCGCCAAAAGACAAAAACCUUGGCAACUGUGCUCCUUCGACGAGACCCAGGCCGGGCGUCUCGCCUGCGAGAGCCCCGGCGACUUCGUCAACCAUAACAAACACUUCCUGUCGCGAGUAUACCCGAGCCCCAUGCGCAUUGAUUCCAGCAAUAUGAAUCCUCAGGACCUGUGGAAAUGCGGUUGCCAAAUCGUGUCGAUGAACUUCCAGACGGCCGGACUGAUGAUGGACCUAAACGCAGCCUGGUUCCGGCAAAACGGAAACUGUGGUUACGUAUUGCGGCCUGCCAUCAUGCGCCAGGAGGUGUCUUACUUCAGUGCAGAUACCAAGGACACCGUGCCUGGGGUGUCGCCGCAGCUGCUCCACGUGAAGGUCAUCAGCGGACAGAACCUUCCCAAGCCGAAGGGUUCCGUGGCCAAAGGGGACGUGGUGGACCCUUACGUAUACGUGGAGAUCCACGGCAUCCCGGCUGACUGCACAGAGCGUCGCACCAGGACCGUCUCCCAGAACAGCGACAACCCGGUCUUUGACGAGAGCUUCGAGUUCCAAAUCAACCUACCGGAGCUCGCCAUGGUUCGCUUUGUGGUGCUGGACGACGACUUCAUAGGAGAUGAGUUCAUAGGUCAGUACACCAUCCCGCUGGAGUGCCUCCAACCCGGGUACCGUCACGUCCCGCUUCAGUCUCUGACCGGGGAGGAUCUUCCUCACUCCAAGCUCUUCGUCCACGUGGCCCUCACCAACCGCAGAGGAGGGGGGAAGCCUCACAAAAGGGGUCUCUCGGUGCGAAAAGCCCGGAGGCGGCGGGACUACACGGCUCUGAGGGACUUGGAAAUCCGGUCUGUCGACGAGGUUUUCAAAAUGGCCGGUCCUCUGUUGCGAGAUGCCACGGACUUGCGGGAAAACAUGCAGAAUUCUGUGGCCACGUUCAGAGACCUGUGCGGCGUGUCGGCUGCGUCGAACCUCAUGCAGUGCAUACUCGCGCUGGGCUCCAGGGUGAGAGGACCUGACGGCUCGCCUUUACUACUGUUUGACCUCCAGACGCACUACCCCACCGUGGAGCCUCAGGGACCCCUGCCCGAUGUCCUUCGCCGUGUUGUCUCCACGUACGAUACGAUGGUCCAGGCCAGCAAAGCUGUGUUGGAGCUCUCCGAUGGAAUCUAUGAAAGGAUUCUGCAUAUCCAGACCACAGCUAUGACAUUCCACGAGCAUCUGCAGAGCUUGGCGGCGAAGGAGGGGUUGAAAGGUCGCAAGGCGGGUCGGGCCGUGGAGAGUUUCACCUGGAACAUCACCAUCCUCAAGGGUCAAGCCGAUCUGCUCACGCACGCCAAGGCCGAAGUUCAGGAGAACGCGAAGCAGGUGCGCGACGCCGUCCUGGCGGGCAACCUCGCUCGGGAAGGUCAAGGCGUUCCGAGGGGUCGCUCGCAGUCACGGAGGAGUCAGCACGACAACCCCGCCAUGAGCGUGUGACGGCCGAUUAGGGCGAUGCGGCUCGACUCGACCCGGUUGCCCUCGUGGGUCUUGUCCGUCGACUACACGACACUACACACUCGCCAGGGAGGGCCAAGGAAUAAGCCGUUUAGUGUUUGGUAUCGUGCAACAUUCAGGUCUGGACAAUUUGUUUGCAAAAAAAAAAAAAAAAAAAACAACACAAAAUGUUGGCCUUUUUCUUUUGUGCAAUAUGAUUAUUUUACGUGAGGGGAAUGAGCACACAAAACAAUCCCGAUGGACAAGGUCAGGGUUGGGCUGGACUAAAGGUGGGCAAAAUAUCUAAAUUGCCACUAGGUGACAUUGUCAGUGCAGCUGUUUGUCUCCAUGUGCCCGGCGAUUGGCUGGCGACCGAUUCAGGAUGUACCCCGCCUCCUGCCCGUUGACAGCUGGGAUAGGCUCCAGCACUCCCCGCGACCCUCGUGAGGAUAAGCGGCGAAGAAAAUUGGAUGGAUGGAAGAGUACUGUCAUAUUUAUGUUGCAGCUGUUUGUUUUUGCAACCCUAAAAUCAGUUAAAAUAUGUAUUUUUGUUGUAUUUAUUUAAUUAAAUAUAGGUUAUUUGUCAAUAGUCCAAUUAAAAAUUAUCAUAAAUAAAAAAAAAAAAAACUGAGUGGUGUCUUGAGUUGAAUUUCUAUUGUGACGAGUCGUAACAAAUCAUCCGUACUGAAUGGAAAGACCACUCAUCUGUUCCGGCCUUCCAAAAAGGAGAAAAAAAACUUUAGCACUGCAUAAUAUUGGAUUAUAAAAUUAAAUAACCUAAUGAAAUAGACUAUAAGUAGUUUUUAACCGGACAUUUUUGCUUCAUUCAGAAGAUGUGCUGAUUCUGGUGUGGCUGCAGUGGCCACCAGGGGGCAGUAUAAUACAGACAGACAUACAAGGAGCCGGUCACAGCUUCUCAGUAAACUGCAGUUGGAUGAAAAAUGUAUGCUGGUGACUACUGUUAUGCCUUUAUGUAUCGCUUGACUCUUUGUACUCGUACAUCUGUUGCUUAAAGGGUUAUAACCCCGCAACAUGGAUGCUUUUCCAGUGUUUUGCAUUGUUAGCUUGAAGCUGAAUGGUCAUUCCUGAGGCAAAGUCAUGUGGUUGUUUUGGGUGGAAUUUUAUUUCUUUGAUGUUCAGAUUUGAGUUUGGUGUUUUAGGGGUGGCAAUAAACAGCUCGAAGCCUUUUCUAGCAGGAAUGUUUGUUUGUCCAGCUGCUCCUUGUUGUGAAGUGAGUUGGGUUCACUGCCACUGUAAAGUGCUUGAAUAUCAAACUUUUGCUCGUAAGUCAAAGCAAAAAAAUACAUAUUUCCAUGCGAGGUCACUGCCAUCUCAAGGCACCACUGUAUAUUUACUAAUUGUCUGGUUGAGUAAAGUUAAAAUGAAAAGAAAUAAUCCUUUUUAUUUUUAAAAUGAACAAUUGUAGAUAUUUUUUCCAAAUAUGCCCAUCGGCCUGUUUAAAAAAGAAAGAAAAAAAAAUCAUCAAACGUGGCCCCUUUAGCACAAAACUUGGCCUCCCCUUAGUUCCCCUGACAACAAUUCUUUGCUAUCAACUUUGUGGAUUUUUUUGUUUUUUUGGGGGGUGGAGCGGGGGUUGUUUCCUUGUGCACAAAGAGGUCCAAAUAACAGUCCUUGUCAAGAGCUCGACCCUGAUUUAUUAUUGUAUAUCAAUGAAGCGAUUCAUAUCAGAAUUCAGCGUCCCAACACUGUUUAUAUCGCGACGUUACAUCACGUUUUCCCUUUCCAGAUAAGCACGAGGCUUGUUUUCCUGAUCCGGUCACCACGAAACCCGCUCGGUAUUGUCUCGUUAACGUCGACCCAUCACUGCUGUUGUGUUGUGUGUAUAGCUUUUAAUGUAUGACUUUAUUUGCGUGCAAAUUAUUGUACAGUAUUUUGAUAAGAUGUCAUUCUUUUUUUUUUUUUUGCUGUCAAAUAAUGUUUUAAACAAGUUGGAAACAUUCCAGGGCCAUCUGUGGAGUUAUUGUGCAGCUCCGGUCGGAGACGUUU